GCGGGGGCGGUGCCGGGGUUCGAGUCCCGAGUCCGUGUGAUCCGUUCGGCGCCGCUCCUCGCCCGCUCCGUCGGGCCCCCCCGGCCGCGGAGAUGGGCGACAUGGAGUCCUACAAAGUGAUGCUGAAUGGGCCGGCACCCUGGGGCUUCAGGCUGCAGGGAGGGAAGGAUUUCAGCAUGCCACUCUCCAUCUCCAGGCUGACUCCAGGUGGGAAGGCGGCUCAGGCUGGUGUGGGAGUGGGCGACUGGGUGCUAUACAUCGACGGGGAGAGCACCAGUGCCAUGACACACAUUGAGGCCCAGAACAGGAUCCGUGCGUGUGGGGACAGGCUCUGCCUCACCCUGAGCAGAGCCCAGAACCAGCUGGGGAAGCCGCAGAAGGUGCUGAGCCUUGACAAGCAGCCCCCUCAGCUGCUGGAGCCCCCCAGCAGCCCCGUGUGCGACCCUGUGAAGCUGCGGAUGUUAGAGGACAUUGACGACUCACAGCCCCACAGCUGGACCUCCCAGUCCCGCUCCUUCCGCAAACUGGCCCGGCUGGUGGGCGCAGACAGCAUGGAGGAUGGUGAGGAUGAGCUUGUUAAAAAGCCCAGGCAGCCCCCUCAGCUGCUGGAGCCCCCCAGCAGCCCCGUGUGCGACCCUGUGAAGUUGCGGAUGUUGCAGGACAUUGAUGACUCGCAGCCCCACACUUGGACCUCCCAAUCCCGCUCCUUCCGCAAACUGGCCCGGCUGGUGGGCGCAGACAGCAUGGAGGAUGGUGAGGAUGAGCUUGAUAAAAAGCCCAGGCAGCCCCCUCAGCUGCUGGAGCCCCCCAGCACCCCUGGGUGCAACCCUGGGAAGCUGCGGAUGUUAGAGGACGCUGAGGACUGGCAGCCCCGCACCGGGACUUCCCAGUCCCGCUCCUUCCGCAAACUGGCCCAGCUGACGGGCACAGAUGGCAUGGAGGAUCAUGAUGAGAUGUUUGUUAGGAAGCCCAGCCAGGUCUCCAUGUCGGACCCAUCUCCAGGAGCAGCGAUGAAGACUGAGCCAGGACUGGCCCCCAGGACCCCCACUGCCACCCCGGGCCCCACCAGCCGCCCACCGUGGGCUGUGGACCCGUCGUUCGCCGAGCGCUACGCCCCGGACAAGACGAGCACGGUGGUGAGCAAGCACAGCCAGCUGGCCACGCCGACCCCCAUGCAGAACCGCAGCUCCAUCGUGCAGGCGGCCCAGCAGGCCCCCGAGGGGCCCGGCUGCACCCCCCUCUGCUACAAGUGCAACAAGGUCAUCAGGGGACGGUACCUGGUGGCACUGGGACAUUAUUACCAUCCCGAGGAGUUCACCUGCUGCCAGUGCAGGAAGGUGCUGGAUGAGGGCGGCUUCUUUGAGGAGAAAGGUUCCAUCUUCUGCCCCAAGUGCUACGAUUCACGCUACGCGCCCAGCUGUGCCAAGUGCAAGAAGAAGAUCACUGGAGAGGUCAUGCAUGCUCUGAAGAUGACUUGGCACGUGCAGUGCUUCACUUGCAAUGCCUGCAAAACUCCCAUCCGCAACCGAGCCUUCUACAUGGAGGAGGGACAGCCCUACUGCGAGAGAGACUACGAGAAGAUGUUUGGCACCAAGUGCCGUGGCUGUGACUUCAAGAUCGAUGCUGGGGACCGGUUCCUGGAGGCCCUGGGGUUCAGCUGGCACGACACUUGCUUCGUCUGUGCGAUCUGCCAGACCAACCUGGAAGGGAAGACAUUCUACUCCAAGAAGGACAAGCCGCUCUGCAAGAGCCAUGCUUUCUCCCAUGUGUGAGGGGUGGAAGUUCAGCUGUGCCCACGCGUGCCCCUGGCCCUGCAUGCUCCUCUCCUCCCAUCCUGAUGCCUCCAGGGAGCCAGGCUGGGCCCUUGGCCCUUCCCCUUGCUCCUGCCUCUUUCCUGGCAGCUCCUGGCCUGAAUUCAGCUGGAGACAGUGCUGGGUGCAGAGCCCUUAUAGCUGGGUGACUUCUUCUGUGCUUCCUGACUGGCCCUAGGAGCCCUGGGAAGGGGAUGCUGCAUGGAUUUCCUGCCCCUGAACCACGCAGCAUAGUGGGCACAGCCGUGCUGAGGCUGGAAUCGGGGAUGCUCUGGUGCAACCAGGCUGCUCCCUUACUGCCUGGCAGCUCAGUGCUGGGGCAGGGAUGUUCCUAACACAUCCCUGAAUGGGUGAGGACCAGCCCCCUGCCACACUCUUCCUCACCUUCCCUGCUGUGUGCUUAGUGCAUGGGGCUGGAGACCCAGCCCUGCUCCCCUACCCACAGCAACCCCCCAAUCAUCCCACAAACUGCUGCAGUGGCUUCCUGCCCUGGCUGCAUUCCAAGGGGAGUCCAUGCCUUGCAACCCCACUGCUCCCCUGAGGCUGGCAGCACCCCCAGCCUGGUGUGCCCCAGCCCUGGGCUGGCAGCUUGUGUUGAUGGCCAGCUGGCUGUCUGCUCCUGCAAGGCUUGGGCACGGCUUCCUGCCAAAGAGUGCUCUGUCACCACCGUCCUGGGCCUCCCCCCAACCCACACCCUCUGGUCGGGCUGCACUGAUGUAGCCACGGUGCUUUUAAUGCCUUUAAUAAACACAUCUCUGUGAGUGC